AUGUCCUCAAACGACGUCAACAAGUCAUUCUGGCUUGCUUACUGCGAUGCCAUCCGAACUCAGCUUGGAGAUGAUGCCGGCAACAAUGCCGCCUACUUCUUUAGCACUAAACCUCAACGUGCACCACUCGCUGGUCCCUCCAGUUUGAUCGAUCCAACGUAUGCCAAUCAGGGCCUAUACGAGAUCGGCGACAGGCAAUUGCGCACUGAUAGGCUGUUCUACGACCCAUCCGAUACGAGCGGGAACUCAUUCUCCCCAAGAUAUGCUUUGGAUGAUGCCACAAGAAAGGCCAGAACACGAUGGGAGGAGUACAAGAGAUACUUGGCUGCUCCCGGUGAGACCUUCUUCUCUUGGAGCGUGCAGAAUCAACCACAACUCCAGGCAUCGGUGGCGCACUACAACAACGCUGUAUCUCAAACCGACAUGUGGACAAUGCAAACCUAUAGCGGCACCGCAUACCCGCACAUACAACACAAAAAGGGUAUCCGAACUGCCGUUGAUACCCCUCAAUCCCACCCAGGCUUUAACAUGCCCGUCACCACCCUUGGUGCCCCGGACGCCGACGCCAUACUGCAGCAAAUCACAGCCAACAACGCCGUAGCACCACCCAAUGCCGACUACUAUGUCCCACUCUACUCUGCUCCGAACUACGCCGAGCAGGUGACGGAUUGGUUGAGGAAUCGGGGCGAUACCAACAAGUCGCGCAGUGAAGUGUCUUUCGACUUCAACACCGGAAACAGCGUUGAUGAGAAUAGCUUCAACCACACGAAUGGAGGCGGUGAUCACUAUGUGCCUUGGCUCUCUCUGGAUGUCAAAGACGAUCAAUCGGAGGAGGGGACCGUGCUCACCGACGGAGAUCAACUCCACACUACAAUCACCAUGUCUUGGGACGAUCAAUUCCGCGCGAUUGACAUUCAAUCGGGAAGGUGGGAUGUUCGCGGCAACUCUACCUACAAACUCAAGAGUGACGCCCCAGACGAAGUCAAGGGUCUGGCUCGCGUCGUACAAUUCGUCGUCGUCUCAAACCUCGCGUUCGAAGUCGAAUUCUCUGGCGACGCGAUCACAGAGUUUCACAGUCAUGUUGGAAGCGGCGGGACCAUUCGCCUCUUUGGUAUUCCCGUUGCCGUCAACAGGGACGCGGACGGAGAGAGUGACAUUACCCACACGGCUGAUUGGUACCCCGAUGAGGGAAGGCUGUCUGUCAAGCCUAAGCCUGACGCAGGUUUCGCUAGUGUCGUUGCGCUUGUUGGAGAGAAGGUCUGA